AUGGCCAUCAUGCUGCUCGACGACACGGACCUGCGCGUCGAGCCGUCGGGCCGCGGCUCGGGCCGCAUGCGCGUGCAGGCCGCCGACGCGAGCUACAAGAAGACGACGUACGACGAAAACGGCGCCGCCGACGCCAAGGGUAAGGCCCCCGAGGGCGCGGCGCCGCUGCCCCCGAAGCAGCAGCAGCAGCAGAGCCGCGCGGACCGCGACAGGGACAGGCAGAAGAUCAUCAAGAAGACGCAGAAGCUGGACGCCAAGCUCGCCGACUGGAGCGACGACGACACGGCGGCGCUGCCGACGGCCUCGGCGUCCAAGUGGGACCGGCUCGUGGUGCUGCGGCACAUGUUCACGCUGGCGGAGCUCGAGGAGGACCCGGCGGCGCUGCUGGAGAUCAAGGAGGACGUGCGCGAGGAGUGCGCCAAGCUCGGCGCCGUCACGAACGUCGUCCUCUUUGACGAGGAGCCCGACGGUGUCGUCUCGGUCAAGUUUCGCGAGCCGCAGGCGGCGCAGGCUUGCAUUGCCAUGAUGGACGGGCGGAGCUUUGACGGGCGCGUCAUCGAGGCGUCGCUGGCGACAGGGCGGGAGAAGUUUCGGCGAUCCAAAGGCGGACAGGCCGACGAGGAGGACGAGUAG